CAGGUAGAGCAAUCAGCGUGACUGAUGCUACCUCCUCCUGGUUUACCGUCGGGAUUUUACAAUGUAUUGGAACAAAGGGUUCAAAUGUAAGGCGGUGGUGCGGGGAGUGAUGCCCUGGGUUUUAAUGACCAACAUAAUACUGGUCCUCUACUGCUUAACAACGACAAACCACAUGAAUAUAAGGCCCAUCCAAGAAGAGACAUGUUCCCUCAGCAUGGCAAAAACAGUCGCCAGUGAAAGCCCUGAGGCUACACACAAAUGCUCCCCCAAAGUGAACAUCAUGUUCAUGAAGACCCACAAAACUGCGAGCAGCACCAUCCUCAACAUCCUCUUCAGGUUCGGGGAAAAGCACAAGCUCAAGUUCGCCCUGCCCGACAGGCGCAACGAUUUCCGCUACCCACAGCCGUUCCUCUGCUCCCAGGUGAAGGACUACACGCCAGGGCAGUGCUUCAACAUCGUCUGCAACCACAUGCGCUUCAACCACCAGGAAGUGGCCAAACUCCUGCCCCCAGACGCCGUGUACGUCACCGUCUUACGGGACCCCGUGGAUCUCUUCGAGUCGGCCUUCCAUUACUACCACAGAGCGGUUCCUCUCACGUGGGGCAUCAGCGGGGAGGACAAACUGACCGCGUUUCUGAACGAUCCCGAGGCCUUCUACAGCCCGGACGCUUUCAACUCGUUCUAUCUUAAAAACCUGCUGUUCUUCGACUUUGGUUUCGACAACAACCUCGAAGUCGACGACCCUCGUGUGGUGGAGGGCGUUCAGCACUUAUCCAAACGUUUUCAUCUGGUCCUCAUUGCGGAACACUUUGAGGAAUCCCUGAUUCUGCUGAAGGAUUUGCUUUGCUGGUCCAUGGACGACAUCCUGUAUUUCAAGCUCAACGCUCGCAGGACCUCAUCCGUGUCUCGGCUGGACCCCGAGACGAGAGCCAAAGCCGUACGGUGGAACUGGGCCGACUGGAAACUCUACGAACACUUCAAUGCCACUUUCUGGGAGAGAGUCGAGGCAUUUGGAAGAGAAAGAAUGGAACGAGAGGUGAAGGAGCUGAGGAGAAGAAAUGCUGAGAUGAGGGCCACCUGUAUUGAGGGUGGAGAUGCAGUUGAAGCCCAGAAGAUCAAGGACGCACAUUUCCGGCCUUGGCAGCCCGUUGGAGAGAAAUCCAUCAUGGGGUACAACUUGAGGAAAGACAUUGAUCCCAGAUGGAGGACAAUGUGUGCAAAAAUGCUUACACCUGAGAUACAGUACUUAUCAGACCUGGGAGUCAACCUUUGGGUGACUAGACUAUGGGGUUGGUUGAUAGAUUCCAUUUUAUAGUAGUUUUGUUUAAUGUUUAUUAUUUAACUUAAUUUUAAAAAUUCAAUAAAAUGGGUUUCUAUUUCACAAAUGUGUCAAUAUGUAUACGAUGAAUCCAAAAUGUCCUCUCUUGUUUGCCACCUAAGCUGAGGUUCAUUUUUCUAUAAAACAAAAGUGGUGCUUGCUGUACUUAGUAGGAUAAAAAUAAAUUGUAAUGCCGUGUUUUCACAAAACAUUUAGAGGAACAUCACGUCUGCUGGUCACAAAUAGACUGCAUUACAAUCAAGAAAUAUUUAUUCAGAGCUAAAAAAAAAAAUCCUUU